UCGGCUCAGUGCUGUGUCGGUCGUCGAACGCAACAGACAAUAUUGGCGAGUAGCCAGCAAUAAAUAACGAGUAACGAGUAACCUGUAACGUGUAACGAGUCUCGAUUAGCGCAAGAACGUUUUGAUCCCCGGCGCUGGUUAAUAAAAGAAACGUGCCAAAAACUUGAGCAUACGUACUUAAUAAAUGGUCAUAUAUUUGGACACUAAGUGAACGUCGUCGAGUGGACAGCUAGACAGAGAGACAGAGGGAGAGAGAGCGAGAGAGAGGGACAGGUGCGCGAUUUGGCGCCGAUAAGAUUAAUUUAAUUAAAAGCAACAACAACAACAACAACAACAACAACGACGACAGCAAUUGUCUUAGCUUCUUCAGUUAAGCUAUCUAUUGAAAAGAAGAAAGAAGAAAAAAAAAAAGAAUUAAAUAUCUGACGUGCUGUGUACCUUCAAGUGAUUUAGUCUAGUUCCUGCCGAAAAUGUAGACAGUCUGCCACAGGGCAGCAACAGGUGAACUACAACAACAACAGCAACAACAACAACGAGAUUAACAAGAACAGCGAUCCAAAACACAACACAAGAAGAGUUGAACCAGCAAGAUGUAUGUGGCCAACACAACCGGCGGCCUCAUGCUGCAGACCAUGCUCUACUUGGCCAACCACACGAGCCGCGCGGCAGUCAACACGCUGAUCGAUCUGCCACCGGCGCCCAAAAGCGACAUCAACGAGGUGAAAUGCUUUGGCGUCUACGGCUGCUUUCCCAUCAACGGACCCUGGAAUACGGUCACGCGAACGAUAAAUGUGCAUCCGCAGAAGCCCUCCGAGAUUGAGCCGCACUUCACGCUGCACACGCGCCGCGCCAUGGAUCAGGCCAAGUACAUAGAUCUCAAUGAUCCGGACAGCGUUCAGGGACUGGGCAUCAAUGAGCUGGGAAAGAUAUAUCUGCUGGUCCAUGGCUAUCUGGAGUUCGGUGAAAUACCCUGGAUGCUGGAGAUGGGCCGGGCGCUGCUCAACCAUUGUCCGGAGGGCGAGUGCGCCGUGAUCCUGAUCGAUUGGGGCGGCGGUGCGAGUCCGCCGUACGUCCAGGCGGUGGCCAAUAUACGGCUGGUGGGUGCGAUAACCGCGCACGUGAUCCACAUGCUGUACGAGGAGCUGCGUCUGCCCAAUCUGGACAAUGUGCACAUCAUUGGGCACUCGCUGGGCGCCCAUCUAUCCGGCUAUGCCGGCCACCAUUUGCAGCACGACUUUGGCCUCAAGCUGGGCCGCAUCUCUGGCCUGGAUCCGGCGGCGCCGCUCUUCACGGACACCGAUCCCAUUGUCCGUCUGGACCGCACCGAUGCCAACUUUGUGGACAUUCUGCACACGGAUGCGAAUCCGCUGAUGAAGGGCGGCCUCGGGCUCAUUCAGCGUGUGGGCCACGUCGACUUCUAUCCGAACGGCGGAUUCGAUAAUCCCGGCUGUGACAAGAAGCUGCAGGACGUGAUGAAGAGCAAUCGCAAGGGCAGCCUCUUCUCCACCAUGCAGGAGUUCCUCGGCUGCAAUCACAUACGCAGCGAGCAGUACUACACGGAGAGCAUUGGCAGCAAGUGCCCCUUCAUGGGCAUCACCUGUGACUCCUUCGAUAGCUUCAAGGAUGUCAAGUGCGGCAGCUGCGAUGAGCCUGGGCGUCUGUGCAUGCGCAUGGGCUUCCACAGCCAGGAGGACUACGAGGAGCAGCUGGCGCGUGGUCUUCUUAAGCCGCAGGAUCCGCCGCCGGUUUUCUAUCUGAUGACGGGCGAUCGGAAGCCCUUCUGCCGGCAGCACUACAAGAUCACGGUGCGCGUCUCCAGUCACGACGAGAGCACUCUGCAUGGCGGCGAGAUCGGUACGCUCUCCAUACAGCUGCACGAGGAGCACAACAAGAAGAAGACCACCGAGCGCAUGAAAUUCUCGCCCAAGGCCAUGUACUUUGAGCCGGGCUUUGAGUAUACGGCCUUGGUGCCGGGCAGGGAUCUGCAGAAGCCGGGCCAUGCCAGCGUCUACUGGGAGUACCAGACGAACAUACUCAAUCCAUUGACCUGGCGCAUCCUCUCCGCUCCGCGCAUCUAUCUCGAGUACAUACUCAUCGAGUCGCUCGAGUCGAGCGAUACCUAUCUGAAGCUCUGUCCGCUGCACGAGGGUGCCAUACUCUCCGGCGCAGAGAAUGUCCUGCACACGGCCUACUGCAAGGACUAGCCGUCCAAGGCGUGGCGGGGCGUGGCCAGGGGCGCAUUCCAAGAGUUCUAGCAAUAAGCCGAAAGCUUUUCUCUGCGCAGCCAAAAAGGCGGCAACACAGUCGAGUCAUCCGGCCGCAGUGUUGCUGGGUUGGUGGCUUGGCUGAGAACAGUUGCGGCUGUUCCCCCUAUUGCUUUUAGCCUGGGCACACACCGAAAAGCCUUUUGUAUUUUAUUAUAGUAUUCGUUUAAUUCAUAAGCUAUUCAAAUUGCAGCGGAAGAGGAAGAGCACAAUGUUAAUUUAUGUAUGUGCAUGUGUAUAUGUAAUUGUUAUUUAUGCUAAUCCAUUUUUUUUUUGCUUUUUUUUUUUUUUUGAAUAUACACUUAAUUAGCGUAUUUAUGAACAGAAUUUUGUUUGAAAAUUAAACAAAUUGAAACCUUAAGAAAAAUGCACUCCCACAGAAACAAAUGUCAUCUCCUCCUAAUCAAUUUAAAAAACGUUAAACUCAGCAGCCCGAGCUCUUAAACCCUUUCAUUCAGAUUUUCAUGAGGAGUCAAUAAAUAGAAACUCUUUAGUGUGCUUCGCAUUUCGACACAGAGCACAUCGAAAACAUUUCUCGAAAAAAGAUUUACCAACAAAAUUGAUAAAAUUUUAAAAAAAUUCUAGACAAAAGAAUUACGUGUUUGUUAUGGCCGCAUAAAUGUUGGGCUGCUUCUUUAUCUCUCCGCCGUAGCUUGGAUAGGUCUAGGCUAGGCUAGGUUAGGUCGCUUGAUAGGGGUCAACCAUGAGGCAAAAUGUCACAUUAUGGAGAGUGAUUACCGUGUAAUAUAUCCACACUGUUAAAAAUUGCGAUUCGAUUAAGUGUAUCAAAAUUGUAUGUCUCGUGUAUGACGCAGCUAAUUACACAGAAAAUAUGAAGAAAAAAAUUGUGAUUAAGUGUUUGCAUUGACUGGAACCGUAAGAGCAUGUUAAAAAAUAUAAUUGCGCAUAUGUAUAAUGCCAAAUUUUAUGCCA